AUGGCAUCUCUGGCGAGAGAAGAUGAGUGGCGAGAGAAGAGGGUUGAGAAGAUCUGGGGAGGUGAGCUCGAAUCGCAAUCUAUGAAUAGACUACUUAAACGCCAAAUAGCACGGUUUGGUGAGACAGUUAGCAGGCAAUUUCAUGCUGUUUUGAACUCCGUUUUAAGGCUCCACGACAUAAUGUUUAGAAAUCCCGAGCCUAUACCUGAUAAUUCAACUGAUGAUAGGUGGAAGUGGUUUAAGGGUUGCUUGGGAGCAUUAGAUGACACUUUUAUAAAGGUAAAUGUUGAAACCGUUGAUAGACCUAGGUACCGAACAAGGAAAGGUGAAAUUGCUACCAAUGUAUUAGGUGUUUGCACACCAGACAUGCAUUUUAUCUAUGUAUUACCGGGUUGGGAAGGAUCUGCUGCCGAUGGUAGAGUUUUGAGGGAUGCGAUUAGUAGGAAAAAUGGCUUAAUGGUUCCUCAAGAGAUUGAAGUGCCUCAAAUGGAGUUGGAUAAUGAUUAUGAGGAGGAACUAAUAACACAUUGUGAGACAAGUUCUGCUUGGACUGAAUGGAGGGACAAAUUAGCAUAUGAGAUGUUCACCAAUUGGCAGUCAUUGCACCAUUGA